UAUUUGGUGAAGAAAUCUUGUGCGAGCACUUGGAAAAUAGGGUGAUGAUUGUACAAAGAGUGGUGUUGAAUUCCCGACCUGGAAAAAAUGGUAAUCCAGUGGCAGAGAAUUUCUGCAUGGAAGAGGUCAACUUACCAGAUAACAUCACGGAAGGACAAGUGCAAGUUAGAACUCUUUAUCUUUCUGUGGAUCCUUACAUGCGUUGUAGAAUGAAUGAAGACACUGGGACUGAUUAUAUAACACCUUGGCAGCUGUCUCAAGUGGUUGAUGGUGGGGGUAUUGGAAUUAUAGAAGAAAGCAAACACAAAAAUAUGACUAAAGGUGAUUUUGUGACUUCUUUCUAUUGGCCCUGGCAAACCAAGGCUAUUCUGGAUGGAAAUGUCCUUGAAAAGGUAGACCCCAAACUUGUGGAUGGACACCUUUCAUACUUUCUUGGAGCUAUAGGCAUGCCUGGUUUGACUUCCUUAAUUGGAGUACAGGAAAAAGGCCAUAUAACUGCCGGAUCCAAUCAGACAAUGGUUGUCAGUGGGGCUGCUGGUGCUUGUGGAUCUUUGGCUGGGCAGAUUGGCCAUUUGCUGGGCUGUUCCAGAGUGGUGGGAAUUUGUGGGACAGAUGAGAAGUGCCUGUUUUUGACCUCAGAACUGGGCUUUGAUGCUGCAAUUAAUUAUAAAAAAGGGAACGUGACAGAACAACUCCGAGAUUUGUGCCCAGCUGGAGUGGAUGUUUACUUUGACAAUGUUGGUGGUGACAUCACUGAUGCAGUGAUAAGUCAGAUGAACCCAAACAGCCACAUCAUCCUGUGUGGUCAAAUUUCUCAGUACAACAAGGAUGUCCCUUAUCCUCCCCCACUGGCCCCUGCUGUAGAAGCAAUCCGGAAAGAAAAAAACAUCACAAGGGAAAGAUUUAUGGUGUUAAAUUAUAAGGACAGAUUUGAACCUGGUAUCCUACAGCUGAGUCAGUGGUUUAAAGAAGGAAAACUAAAGAUCAAAGAGACUAUGAUAAAUGGAUUGGAAAACAUGGGAGCUGCAUUCCAGUCCAUGAUGACAGGAGGUAACACUGGAAAGCAGAUAGUUUGUGUUUCAGAAGAAUUCACUUUGUAA